CCUCUUCUUUAUUUGGCUUUAGCAACAGCCAUCGGCAAUUCCCCGCCGCAUAAAACGAUGAGCACCGCCGCUACCGCCACCACAUCCGCACUCACCAACCUCAUUUUGAAAUCCACCAACAGACAGUCCCUAAUCAAGUCUCUCAUCUGCCCAACUAUCCACUGGACUCCACUUUUAGUAAACACCAUCCUUAAACAUCUAUGGAACCACGGCCCGAAAGCCCUCCAGUUCUUCGACAUCCUCCUCCAAAACCACCCCACCUACGUCCACUCCGCUUCCUCCUUCGACCACGCCAUCGACGUCGCCGCUCGUCUCCGCGACUACGCCACCGUCUUCACCCUCCUCCACCGUAUGCGCUCUCUCCGCCUCCAUCCCACUCCCAAAACUUUCGCCAUCAUCGCCGAAAGGUAUGUCGCCGCUGGAAAACCCGAUAAAGCACUUAAAAUCUUCUUGUCAAUGCAUCAACAUGGUUGUUUUCAGGAUUUGCGUUCUUUUAAUACAAUUCUCGAUGUUCUAUGUAAAGCUAAACGUGUUGAGAAAGCAUGGAACUUUUUUAAAAUACUUAGAGGAAGGUUUCAAGCUGAUGUUGUUAGUUAUAAUACAAUUGCAAAUGGUUGGUGUUUAAUUAAGAGAACAAAUAAGGCUCUUGAUACUUUAAAAGAAAUGGUGGAGAAGGGUCUGAGUCCAAAUUUGACUAGUUAUAACAUAAUGCUAAAAGGGUAUUUUAGAGCUGGUCAAAUCGAAGAGGGUUGGAAGUUUUUUCUUGAAAUGAAGAAGAGAAGGUGUGAAAUCGAUGUUGUUACUUAUACCACUGUAGUUCAUGGUCUUGGUGUUGUCGGCGAGGUUAAAAGGGCUCGAAAAGUUUUCAAUGAGAUGGUUGAUAAAGGCGUAUUGCCCUCGGUUGCGACUUACAAUGCUUUGAUUCAAGUUUUGUGUAAGAAAGACAGUGUAGAGAAUGCGGUUUCGGUUUUUGAGGAGAUGUUGAGGAAGGGUUAUGUGCCGAAUUCGAUUACUUUUAAUGUGGUGAUCAGGGGGUUGUGUCAUAAAGAACAAAUGGAAAAGGCUAUGGAAUAUAUGGAUAUGAUGAGGGAUAACGAUUGUGGACCGAAUGUGCAGACUUACAAUAUUGUGAUUCGAUAUUUUUGUGAUGCCGGUGAGAUUGGAAAAGGUUUGGAGUUGCUUGAGAAGAUGAGUAGUGAGAAUUGCUUGCCAAAUUUGGAUACAUACAAUAUUUUGAUAAGUUCAAUGUUUGUAAGGAAGAAAUCUGAUGAUAUGGUGGUGGCUGGGAAGCUGUUGAUUGAGAUGGUUGAUAGAGGAUUUAUGCCUCGAAGAUUAACUUUCAACCGGAUUUUGGAUGGACUUUUGUUGACAGGUAAUCAAGGUUUUGCAAAGGAGAUUUUGAGAUUGCAGACCAAAUGUAGCCGUCUUCCUCGACAGUUUAAAUUGUGAAGCCUAUUUCUAUCUAAGUUUGGCAUAUCGAUCCUUUGGAUUGUUAAUGUCAUAGUGAAAAAAUUCUUGCUGAUUUUGUUUCACUUUCAACACCGAUUGGAGGACCGUGAACUCGCUGCUCUAUCACGUGCAUUAGAGCUUUUUAGAUAAAUUCUUCUGUGGCGCAAAAUUCAUGGCAUCUUUUAACAAAAACCUGUUUCAUUUGAAAUUUUGAAUGCUGUGGGGAGAAUAUAAGAUUGCUUUGAAGCAAUAUUGCCAUUUUUAUUAAGGUUUAUGACCAGGUCUAAGUGCCUCGCUCUUGCUUUAGCUUUUACGAUGUUUUGCAAGCUUAAUAAAUUUUUGCCGAUUAGAGGUGUUUAUUCCAUUUAUGUGUGAAUGUCAGGUUGCUGCAUCUUCUCUGGUUGCAUGCAGCAUGGUUAGAAGUUUGAAGGUUAACAUGACUGAGAAAGAUUACCAAAGAAAAAAGAACCAAGUUCUUAUCAAAGAUUCAUGGUUGCCUAUCGGCUUUUAUUGAGGGAAGACAGAAGGGAAACAAUGAGAAGCUAAAGAUUACACCUAAAAUUUGAUUAAGGUUUUAUCCAAUAAUAGUGCCAUUGUCCGAAUAAUUCAAUCUGUAUUUCUCCUAUUCUCCAAUGAGACCUUGGUUUAAUAGCAAUGUCAAGGUUUGGGAUCUCAAGGUCGAGGCUCUGCGAGGGUUCUCUUUCAAAUUUAUUUUGGUUUAGUCAGUUAUUCAGUUUAGUGCUUGUAAUGAUGGAUUCUAUUGGAACUGUUGUGACUUUAAAAAAGAUCGGCUUGUGUUCAAGGAUGAGUUGAACCAUGAUCCCAAAUUUUGGUUUGAUGCCAUAGAUUGCUGUUUGUGACUUUUCUAUUGUUAAUGUGAUUUUGUUUGUGGAUUUGUCUAA